GUCCCUCGGCGGCCACCUUAGGUUGCAUUGAAAUCAAAAUGGCUGCAACUACGGACAACGUGAGUGAAGUUGUGUGUGUUUCUAAAUAAUGAAACAUGUAUUUUGUGUGUUGUCAAAUUAUGUUGAUUUGAUAGUGCUCACUGGAAAAGAGUUAAUGUAUAGCCGGGUAACUUCCUCGUUAUACUAGAUUGUCUAUCGCCCGUUUUUCAUUACAUGAGUUAUGCUAACCACUAGCUAACUAAGUAGUAUUAUCAAGAUAAUAGAAAUUUGACUGAUCAGACAGUGUCUGUAAUUUUGCACUGUAAUCUUAUUUGUUUGUGUUUCAUGGUAGGAUUUAAUAGAGAGUGAUCUGCCUAAAGCAGUGCAGCUGCUGAGGGGUCUGACAGAGCAGGUAAGAACUGGAAUUUUUCAAGUUAAAUGUUGAUUAUGAUGUCCGUAAACUUUCUGGAUAAAGUAACCCUCACUUGUGUGUGUCCUGUUCAUCUUCAGGUUGCAUCGGUUACAAGUCAUGUCCGUGAGCUGUUGACAAAAGUUAAAGAUGGAGCGUUUUCGACUUCAAAGGUGAGAUGAUGUUAAAGCUCAUGUGAGGAACUUUAUGUUUGUGUCGAUUUUGGCGCCCCCCUAGUGGACUGAACAACCUUAUCUUAUCUUUUUUCAUACAAAUGUAUAUGUCUGUGUGUUUGCAUUACUGUUUUCCCAUUUUGUUAAAGGGAUAUUCCAGUGUAAAAUUAAAAUUUAGGGUCAAAUACACCGUAACACCAAGUUAGAUACCCUUUCAAGAGAUGAAUAUUGCCGAUCGCUUGCUUCUCUAGUUAUACCAACUUUAGUAAAGACCGCAUGAUAGCAAUACACAGUGGUGAGGAGCCAUAAACAAACCUCAACCAAAACGCCACUCUAUAGCCACAAAUAAUGCUCUGAACAGCACCUAACUUCAUCAACCGUACAUUUAGGGUCUUAGCCACAAAACAUCUUUUUAGCUUUGCCUAAUUUCUUUAGCAAAGAGACUAAACACAAUUUACCUACUCUCCUGCUACAAAGGUUUCUUGUAGGAUUUUAAAAAAUAUACACAUUCUAUAUGAUCAUAAUCACAGACCACCUGUCAUAUGAACCCAUCCGUCUCAUUCUAGUGUAGAUUGCCUCUCCUCUCAUUCUUCACUGUUUCCUGCAGGGUUUGUCUUUCCUGGAUCUUCGGUAUCACCUCCUGCUCUUCUACCUCCAAGACCUUGUUCACCUUGUGUCUCUCAAAACAGAGGGAGUAAAAAUAAAAGGCAGCGAAGCCUUGAACAGAGUGGUCACAAUAAGAACGGUGAGACGCUGGUGAUAGAGACAACAAACCAAUGAUGUAAUAUCCAUCCAGCUGACCCGAUAUCCUUUUUCUUUUACCUUCUGUCUUUAAGGUCCUGGAAAAGAUGCGGCCGAUCGAUCACAAGCUGAAGUAUCAGAUUGAUAAACUUGUGCGUACAGCUGUAACUGGCAGUUUGGGUGAGUGGUAUUGGGUUGAGAUGCAGCUGGUUUUGUCAGUAUUUUUAUGAAAGGUGUAAGAUAAAGGUCAACUCACACUCUUCGAAGCUGCAAGAGUUUCACUGGGCCUUGUGUCUUUCAGCUGAAAACGACCCACUGCAGCUUCGUCCCAAUCCUGAGAAUUUCAUCAGUAAAGUAAGGGUCACAUGUCUCUGUUAUUUAAUGCGUCUGAAUUUUACUGAAUUGUUAAUAAACUCCUGACUUGCUUUCUCACUAGUUGAGUGAAUCUGAAGAGUCUGACGGUGAAACUGAGAAUAAAACAGCCUCAGAGAAGAAAGCAGCCCACUCUCAUAGCAAGAAAUAUGUCCCACCAAAGAUCGCUGCAGUGCAUUACGGUAAUGUAGAUUCAGCCUUUUGUACACAUUAAUCACAUUGUUUGGAAAUCAUCAAGCAAGUCUAGAGGACAACAUUUGAGCUUUAACUGAACACCACCUUCCUGACCUCUUUCCUGCAGAUGGUGAUAUGACAGAAGCGGACAAGAAGAAGGCUCAGGCAGAGCGGCAGCGGCGGGCCGCUCUCAGGAGUUCUGUCAUCCAAGAGCUGAGACAGCAGUACAGCGACGCUCCCGAGGAGAUCAGAGAUAGGAGAGACUUCCAGAGUGAUCGGCAGAGCCGUGAGGAGCUACACAGGUGCUCAUUUGUUUGGAGGCUGAUCAAAGUCGGCGUCAAGUGCAGGGCUAAAAGCUUAAAUAUUGUCUUUAACUUACAGGAAAAAUUAUGAGGAGUCGAUGCUGGUGCGUCUCAACAUGCCAAAACAGAUGAAGAGUUCCAAGAAGAGAGGGAUGAUGUCCAUGUCAGGCCAGCUGAGCGGUAUAACACACUUCAGUGACAUCACAGCGCUGACGGGCGGAGAGGUGAGAAGUGUUUCCAUGUAUCAGAGAGGUGUCGAAUGUUAGGAUGGACAUUAGAGAAAAUAGGCAGAAUGGUUCGAUUUUUGUUUAUGUUGUUUGGCAGCAUUGCAGGAUGUUUUUAUUUACAUUAUAUCCAGAGUUAGACGGCUGAUUUGUCAUUGUGUGGUACAGGGUGCGGAUAAUCCUCGGCCCAAGAAAAAGAAGAAACUCAUGAAGAAGAACACCAAAAGAAAAGGUGAGGAGAUGAUCCAGAAUGUUCAGAUUUUAUGGGAAAAAAUAACAUGAGCAAUCAUAGAUCAUCUAAAUUAUGGUAUUAAUUUCACAUAAACAUCUAAAACAUUGAGACUUUAUUAAACAAGCGAUUUUGGGCGGACUAUUUUGCAAUAUUACAGAUAAACAUGUUGAUUUAAGAAGCAGGGGAACAAAAAGCCAAACCUCCGUUUAGAAAAUCUGCUCAAACUUGGAAACAGCUUUAUGUGACCUGUCAUCUUUUCUGUCCUGCAGCUUUCAGGAAGCACCGAUAGACCUGAAACGCGAUGUCCAGUGAUGCAGGAUGAUGAUAAAAUGAGGAUUGGAGGAUUUCUCAUGAAGCUGUCAUCGGGAAUUUAUGAGCAAGAUGUUAGUGAAACAGCAGUAAUCAAUCCCAGACCCCUUUCAUAUGAUGUUUGUAAUAAAGAAUACCUGUCGUCUGUA